UUUUUUUUUUUUGAGCUGGGGAUCAGACCCAGGGCCUUGCGCUUGCUAGGCAAGCGCUCUACCACUGAGCUAAAUCCCCAACCUCUGGGCAAUGGGUUUUUAUUCUUUCACACGGGCUCACACAGGAAUGGCAGCUGCCUCCCAUUUAAGGUCACUGCGAAGACUUCCAGUUACUACAUGGGAAGGAUCUGGGGCCAAAUCAAGUUCAAUUCCACCCUGAAAAGUAGCUCCUUCUUUUUGGCUGAAAUGAUUCCACCCAGUCAGUACAGGGCCUGGUGCGCAAGCGCAAGCCUGAGCCCCUGAGUUCAGAUUUCCGGCACUGAAGGAAAAAGCUGGCAACAGAGACUCGUGCGCUUCUGUAACCAGUGCUGGUGAGGUGAGAGGAGUGAGUGGUGGGAGACAUGUCACCUCCCAGGAGCUUAGUAACUAUCCAGUCAGUGAACUGUGGGUUCAGUGAGAUAUCUCAAAAUGGAAAGAAGACACCCCUCGUAGACCUCUGGUCUACACUCGUGCUCUUACAAGCGCGCGCGCGCGCACGCGCGCACACACACACACACACACACACACACACACACACACACACACACACACACACACACACACACACACGGAGAGGGGGCGGGGUUAGCCUGCUUUUCUACUCUUUCUGGUUUAUUUUGUUGGAUAAUUAGCAUCUAUACAAGGAGUGAAAGAUAAGCCAAGAGUCGUGUGCCAGGGGAUCAGUGUUUUGAGAUCAGCCUACACAAACCAAAAAUCUAGGCUUGGCGGUGCAUGGCUGUAAUCUGAGUGUUUGUAAAACCAAGGCCGGAAGAUGAGGAGUUCAAGCCUAACAUCAGCUACUUUGUCUCAAAACAAAACAAAAGCUCAAAGGCUGGCGGUUGAAAAGAGAAUCCAGGAGAGUCCUCAAUUCAAAGUCACCCUGAGCCCAGCUUCUCAGCUACCAGAGGCGCCUCUAACAAGCAAACAAACAAAUCAUUUUUCCUCUAUGUCCACUGUUUUAAGCAGUGUUCUGUGAGCUGAAUUACAGAUCAUAUCACUUGUAAGACUAAUGACACAAGAGCCCCGAGGCUUACAAACAACACUUUACAAAAACAAAAAACAAAAACCAGGAUUCUCAAGUUAGAAACGGAACUCAAACCUCACGUCCCCACUCCCACCCCCACCCCCCCACCCCCACCCCGGCCACCACCAAACACAGACACCUCCACAGGCACAGUGUUGUCUUAGAAUUAUUUUGGAUUCUUUAAUCAGGUGUCACUGAAGCCACGCUGCCAUCACAGCCAGCUCUGUAAAAAUAAACUCUGAGUCCGGAGCAUGCAGGCUGCAGGGGGACAUGGGAGGCAUCUCUGCUGCUAUUGGACUCUCUCUCUAAAUGUUCGUUUCGGUAAUUGGACAUUCUUCCCCCUCCCUGGGGAAUGUGUCCGCUCUCCCUUCAUCCGGCACCUCUCCUCCAAUGCUGCUUUUGUAAUUCCAGCCUCCAUUACUGAAGAAAAACAUUCAAUUAGUCCCAGUCAAGAAUAGAAAAUGACUUGGGAUUCCGGCUCUUCGCAGCUGUGUCUGUGCUGGGGAAGAUUUUCAUUGACCUCAUGGAAUUCUUCUGAGGAUAAUACUUUUGAAAGAUCAAUUUGUACAGCCCGGGGUGUUGUGGUUUGUGCCUUUAAUCCCAGCUUUCAGGCUCAGGCAGGCAGGCUCCGUGGGUUUGUGGCCAACCUGGUCUACAUAUUGAGUUCCACGAUAGCCUGGGCUACCUAGGGAAACCUGUCUCAAAGACAAUUACUUUUCUUACCCACUGUAGCCUGUUGCUUAUUUCUUUUGAGGCAGCACACUUAAUAUUAGUGAAUACUAGCUUCUUUGUUGUUGUCGUCGUUAUUGUCAAAUGUAAAACCAAUCACCUCUGAUAUUUACAAGCUACAUCAACAGGUGUCCCGCGUUCUGUUUUCCCUCGGGCGCGUGGUUUCUCGCUGACUCUUGGCUUCCAGCAGGAAUUCUCCACUCUGAGUCUUGUCUGGACGAAUGUAAGCUGUUUAAAGCUGUUUGUACUUGUAGCCCAGAGGCCCUGCUUCCCAGAGCAACCGCUUCUCAUCCACGCUGUCUUAUCUCUGCCCUGAGGUUUCUCCGGCACGGGAAACACAAGCUCCAGCAGUGGGCUCUGGGGCGGGGUGGCACGUGGAUUUGGUUUGCGCGGACUGUUAGGACACGCUGCGGGUCCGGCUCAUGUUCCUGGAGUGCCCGGAGCGGCUUCGCUAAUCUGUCAGUAUAGUAUGUCCUCGUGGAUAAAUAUAGACAGACCGGGGCACUCUGAGUUAUAGCUCACUGUCACACUGUGCAGCUGGUACGAGCAGCCCGCCCUGGAUGGGAGGCCUGUUUUAAUUCGUAGGGGUUUUGUCCUCAUCUGACGAAAAAUACACCUUGGACCUUAUGGUAGCUGCGAGCAGCGGGACCAUGGGACCGGUCCUUGUGCCUUUUGGUUUUGAGACGUAGUCUCUGUGUUGCUAGUCUGGGCCGUUCGGAUUUCACUUCAGGCCCAUGGAGAUGACAACGGCUUGUUGGAGAAGAUCCUGUGUGAUCAGCCUCAUCAAAGGUCUGGCUUCUCCAGUUGGCAACGGUUACAUCAAGCCUCCAGUCCCACCUGCUUCAGGCACGCACAGGGAGAAAGGACCACCGGCCAUGUUGCCGAUCAAUGUGGACCCAGACAGCAAGCCAGGAGAGUAUGUCCUCAAGAGUGUAUUUGUGAGCUUCACCACUCAGGCUGAGCGUAAGAUUCGAAUCAUCAUGGCAGAGCCUUUGGAAAAGCCAUUGACAAAAUCCCUGCAGCGUGGAGAAGACCCCCAGUUCGACCAGGUCAUCAGCUCCAUGAGUUCCCUCUCUGAGUACUGCCUGCCCUCCAUCCUGCGAACACUGUUUGACUGGUACAAAAGGCAGAACGGCAUGGAGGACGAAUCGCACGAGUACAGACCACGAACGAGCAAUAAGUCCAAAAGUGACGAGCAGCAGCGAGACUAUUUGAUGGAGAGACGGGACCUCGCCAUCGACUUUAUCUUCUCUUUAGUGUUAAUAGAGGUCUUGAAGCAGAUCCCCCUUCAUCCUGUAAUAGACGGCUUAGUACACGAUAUUAUUAACUUGGCUUUCAAGCACUUUAAGUACAAAGAAGGGUACCUGGGUCCCAACACCGGCAACAUGCACAUUGUAGCAGAUCUGUACGCAGAGGUCAUCGGAGUGCUGGCCCAAGCCAAGUUCCCUGCUGUCAAGAAGAAGUUCAUGGCAGAGCUGAAGGAGCUACGGCAGAAAGAGCAGAGCCCCUAUGUGGUGCAAAGUAUCAUCAGCUUAAUAAUGGGGGUAAAAUUCUUCCGAAUUAAGAUGUACCCAGUGGAGGACUUCGAGGCGUCCCUCCAGUUCAUGCAGGAAUGUGCACAUUAUUUUCUGGAGGUCAAAGACAAAGACAUCAAGCACGCCUUAGCAGGGCUCUUUGUAGAAAUCCUCGUCCCCGUGGCUGCCACUGUCAAAAAUGAAGUCAACGUCCCCUGCCUCAGGAACUUUGUGGAGAGCCUGUACGACACAACGUUGGAACUCUCCUCUCGGAAAAAGCAUUCCUUGGCCUUAUACCCGCUGGUGACCUGCCUCCUCUGUGUCAGUCAGAAGCAGCUGUUCCUUAACAGAUGGCACGUUUUCCUCAACAACUGCCUGUCCAACCUUAAGAAUAAAGACCCCAAGAUGGCUCGCGUCGCCUUGGAGUCUCUCUACAGAUUACUGUGGGUUUACAUGAUUCGAAUCAAAUGUGAAAGCAACACGGCCACUCAGAGCCGACUCAUAACCAUCACCACCACGCUUUUCCCCAAAGGGUCCCGCGGCGUGGUGCCCAGGGAUAUGCCUCUGAACAUCUUCGUGAAGAUUAUCCAGUUCAUCGCCCAGGAACGUCUGGACUUUGCAAUGAAGGAAAUUAUUUUUGACUUUCUUUGUGUGGGAAAACCGGCGAAAGCUUUCAGUCUCAACCCAGAGAGAAUGAACAUUGGUUUGCGGGCGUUCCUGGUGAUUGCCGAUAGCUUACAACAAAAGGACGGUGAGCCUCCCAUGCCGGUGACUGGAGCCGUGCUCCCUUCAGGAAACACCCUGAGAGUGAAGAAAACGUAUUUGAGUAAGACACUAACUGAAGAGGAAGCCAAAAUGAUAGGAAUGUCCUUGUAUUACUCUCAAGUCCGCAAGGCGGUAGGCAACAUCUUAAGACACCUUGAUAAAGAAGUGGGGCGGUGCAUGAUGCUGACCAAUGUCCAGAUGCUAAACAAAGAGCCGGAAGACAUGAUCACGGGUGAGAGAAAGCCCAAAAUCGAUCUCUUCCGGACCUGUGUUGCGGCAAUCCCUCGCCUGCUACCUGAUGGAGUGUCCAAAGUUGAACUGAUCGACUUGCUGGCCAGGCUCUCCAUUCACAUGGACGAUGAACUGCGUCACAUCGCACAGAACUCUCUUCAGGGACUGCUGGUCGACUUCUCCGACUGGAGGGAAGAAGUCCUGUUCGGCUUCACCAACUUCCUGCUCCGGGAAGUCAAUGAUGUGCAUCACACCCUCCUGGACUCCUCCCUGAAGUUGCUUCUGCAAUUGCUCACCCAGUGGAAACUGGUCAUACAGACACAGGGAAGAGUCUAUGAACAGGCCAAGAUCAGAAACUCAGAGCUCAUUCCCAACGGCUCCGGCCACAGGAUGCAGUCAGAACGAGGCCCGCACUGCAGUGUCCUCCACGCCGUGGAAGGCUUCGCCCUCGUCUUGCUCUGCAGCUUCCAGAUGGCCACACGCAAACUGUCCGUGUUGAUCCUCAAGGAGAUUCGAGCCCUCUUCCUUGCCCUGGGUCAGCCCGAGGACGAUGACAGGCCAAUGAUUGAUGUCAUGGAUCAGCUGAGUUCUUCCAUUCUUGAAAGUUUCAUUCAUGUGGCUGUGUCGGAUUCGGCAACGUUACCUCCGACCCACAAUGUGGACCUCCAGUGGCUGGUGGAGUGGAACGCGGUCCUGGUCAACAGCCACUACGACGUGAAGAGCCCUUCCCACGUCUGGAUCUUCGCGCAGUCUGUCAAAGACCCCUGGGUCCUCUGCCUCUUCAGCUUCCUCCGGCAGGAAAACCUGCCAAAGCACUGCCCCACAGCCCUCAGCUAUGCCUGGCCGUACGCCUUCACCCGGCUGCAGUCCGUGAUGCCGCUGGUAGAUCCUAACAGCCCAGUCAACGCCAAGAAAACCAGCACAGCAAGCAGUGGAGACAACUAUGUUACCUUGUGGAGAAAUUACCUCAUUCUCUGUUUUGGAGUUGCCAAACCCAGUAUUAUGAGCCCAGGACACCUUCGAGCAUCCACUCCAGAGAUAAUGGCAACAACUCCCGAUGGUACAGUGAGCUACGAUAACAAGGCCAUUGGCACGCCGUCAGUGGGCGUCCUGCUGAAGCAGUUGGUGCCUUUGAUGAGGCUGGAGAGCAUCGAAAUCACAGAGUCCCUUGUUUUAGGGUUCGGAAGGACAAAUUCCCUUGUUUUCAGAGAAUUGGUUGAAGAACUCCAUCCAUUAAUGAAGGAGGCUCUAGAGAGGAGACCAGAGAACAAGAAGCGCCGAGAACGGAGAGAUUUGCUGAGGCUGCAGCUGCUUCGGAUAUUCGAGCUCCUGGCAGACGCUAGUGUGAUAAGUGACAGCACAAAUGGAGCUUUAGAACGAGACACCUUAGCGCUUGGAGCGUUGUUCUUGGAAUACGUGGACUUGACCCGCAUGCUCCUAGAAGCUGAAAAUGACAAAGAAGUCGAAAUCCUUAAAGACAUUCGAGCACAUUUUAGCGCCAUGGUUGCCAACUUGAUUCAGUGUGUUCCAGUUCACCACAGAAGAUUUCUCUUCCCCCAGCAAAGCCUGCGGCACCAUCUCUUCAUCUUGUUCAGCCAGUGGGCCGGCCCCUUCAGUAUCAUGUUUACCCCUCUGGAUCGGUACAGUGACCGAAACCACCAGAUCACAAGAUACCAGUACUGUGCUCUGAAGGCAAUGUCAGCGGUGCUGUGCUGCGGCCCUGUUUUCGACAAUGUCGGCCUCUCUCCGGAUGGCUAUCUGUAUAAGUGGCUUGACAAUAUUCUGGCUUGUCAAGAUUUACGGGUUCAUCAGCUUGGCUGUGAGGUCGUCAUGUUGCUACUGGAGCUUAAUCCUGACCAAAUAAACCUUUUCAAUUGGGCCAUCGACCGCUGUUACACAGGUUCCUACCAGCUUGCUUCCGGCUGCUUCAAAGCCAUUGCAACCGUGUGCGGAAACAGGAACUACCCCUUCGACAUAGUGACACUGCUGAACCUCGUCCUCUUCAAGGCCUCGGACACCAACAGAGAGAUUUACGAAGUCUCCAUGCAGCUCAUGCAGAUCCUCAAAGCGAAGCUCUUCCUGCACUCCAAGAAGGCCGCAGAACAGCGACCGGGCAGUGUUCUGUAUGGAACGCACGGGCCAUUGCCGCCUCUCUACAGUGUGUCGCUAGCCCUGCUGUCCCGAGAACUGGCCCGGAUGUACCCGGAGCUCACACUUCCCCUCUUCUCAGAGGUGAGCCAGCGAUUCCCCACGACACACCCAAAUGGACGGCAGAUCAUGCUCACCUACCUGUUGCCAUGGCUACACAAUAUUGAACUGGUGGACAGCAGACUCCUCCUCCCGGGCUCAAGUCCCAGCAGCCCCGAGGAUGAAGUCAAGGACCGGGAAGGAGAAGUGACUGCCUCUCACGGGCUAAAAGGGAAGGGCUGGGGCUCUCCGGAAGCCACCUCUCUGGUCCUGAAUAACCUCAUGUACAUGACAGCCAAGUACGGAGAUGAAGUCCCAGGAGCAGAAAUGGAAAAUGCUUGGAACGCACUGGCCAACAACGAGAAAUGGAGUAACAACCUGAGGGUCACACUGCAGUUCCUCAUCAGCCUGUGCGGGGUCAGCAGCGACACCAUCCUUCUGCCCUACAUUAAAAAGGUGGCAAUUUACUUGUGUCGGAAUAAUACCAUCCAGACCAUGGAAGAGCUCCUCUUCGAGCUGCAGCAGACAGAGCCGGUGAACCCCAUUGUCCAGCACUGUGACAACCCACCCUUCUAUCGGUUCACAGCCAGCAGCAAAGCCACAGCGGCUGCUUCAGGAACCACUUCGAGCAGUAACACUGUGGUUGCCGGCCAGGACAGCUUCCCAGACCCUGAGGAGAGCAAGAUACUGAAAGAAUCUGAUGACAGGUUUAGCAACGUGAUCCGAGCCCACACUCGCCUAGAGUCAAGAUACAGCAACAGCUCCGGAGGGUCUUAUGAUGAGGAUAAAAAUGAUCCCAUCUCUCCCUACACGGGCUGGUUGUUAAGUAUUACGGAGGCCAAGCAGCCACAGCCUUUACCCAUGCCGUGCACUGGAGGAUGCUGGGCACCCUUGGUCGACUACCUCCCAGAGACCAUCACUCCGCGGGGCCCGCUGCACAGGUGUAACAUUGCUGUGAUUUUUAUGACCGAGAUGGUGGUGGAUCACAGUGUGAGAGAAGACUGGGCUCUUCACCUCCCACUGUUACUUCAUGCUGUCUUCUUAGGUUUGGACCAUUAUCGGCCGGAAGUCUUCGAGCACAGCAAAAAGCUGCUCCUUCACCUCCUCAUCGCACUCUCUUGUAAUAGCAACUUCCACGCCAUUGCCUCCGUACUCCUGCAGACCCGUGAGAUGGGGGAAGUGAAGACGCUGACCAUGCAGCCAGCCUACCAGCCAGAGUAUCUCUACACGGGUGGCUUUGACUUCCUGAGAGAGGAUCAGUCGUCGCCAGUGCCCGACUCCGGCCUGAGCUCAAGCUCCACUUCCUCCAGCAUCAGUCUGGGGGGCAGCAGUGGGAACCUCCCACAGAUGACCCAGGAGGUGGAAGAUGUCGACGCGGCCGCUGAGUCGGACGAGAAGGCCAACAAGCUCAUUGAGUUUCUGACCACCAGGGCAUUCGGGCCACUUUGGUGCCACGAGGACAUCACACCCAAAAACCAGAACUCCAAGAGCGCUGAGCAGCUUUCUAAUUUCCUACGUCACGUUGUGUCUGUAUUUAAGGAUUCCAAGUCAGGUCUCCAUCUGGAGCAGCACCUGAGCGAGGUUGCCCUGCAGACUGCCCUCGCAAGCUCUUCCAGGCACUACGCAGGCCGAUCUUUCCAGAUCUUCCGGGCCCUCAAACAACCCCUGUCGGCGCAUGCCCUGUCUGACCUCCUGUCCAGAUUGGUGGAGGUGAUCGGAGAGCAUGGUGAUGAGAUUCAGGGAUACGUGAUGGAAGCACUCUUGACCUUGGAAGCCGCAGUGGACAACUUGUCGGAUUGCUUGAAGAACAGUGACCUCUUCACAGUGUUAUCUCGUUCUUCCUCACCAGAUCUAAGCUCUAGCAGUAAACUGACAGCAAGCAGGAAAAGUACCGGACAGCUGAACGUCAGCCCCGGGACUCCCAGCGGCAGCACCGCGACCGCAGAGCGCAGCCGGCACCAAAGAAGCUUCUCCGUGCCCAAGAAGUUUGGUGUCGUUGACCGAUCCUCGGACCCGCCUCGAAGCGCUACCCUGGAUAGGAUUCAGGCUUGCACUCAGCAAGGCCUUUCCUCAAAAACCAGAAGCAGCUCCUCCCUGAAGGAGAGCCUCACAGACCCUUCCCACGUAAACCAUCCCACCAACCUGCUGGCCACCAUCUUCUGGGUCACGGUGGCCCUGAUGGAGUCUGACUUUGAGUUUGAAUACCUGAUGGCCUUGAGGCUCCUGAACCGACUGCUGGCACAGAUGCCACUGGAGAAAGCCGAGAACCGAGAGAAGCUCGAGAAACUCCAGGCGCAGCUCAAGUGGGCAGACUUCCCGGGGCUGCAGCAGCUGCUGCUGAAGGGCUUCACCUCUCUCACCACCACGGACCUGACCCUGCAGCUUUUCAGCUUGCUGACACCAGUGUCCAGAGUGCCCAUGGUGGACUCGUCCCAAGCUAUCGGAUUUCCGCUGAAUGUCCUGUGUCUCCUGCCUCAGCUGAUCCAGCAUUUUGAAAAUCCCAAUCAGUUCUGUAAGGGCAUCGCCGAAAGGAUUGCUCAGGUUUGCUUGGAAGAAAAGAAUCCUAAACUUUCAAAUCUGGCCCACGUCAUGACCCUUUACAAAACACACAGCUACACAAGGGACUGCGCCACGUGGGUCAACGUCGUCUGCCGCUACCUUCACGAAGCCUAUGCUGACAUCACCCUGAACAUGGUCACCUACCUGGCAGAGUUGUUGGAGAAAGGCCUUCCCAGCAUGCAACAGCCACUCCUCCAGGUCAUCUACUGUCUGCUGAGCUACAUGGACCUCUCUGUAGUUCCUGGCAAGCAGUUUAACAUGGAAGUCCUGAAGACCAUUGAGAAAUACGUACAGAGCAUUCACUGGAGGGAAGCGUUGAACAUCUUGAAGCUGGUCGUUUCUCGGUCAGCCAGCCUGGUAUUGCCUUCCUACCAGCACAGUGACCUCUCCAAGAUAGAACUCCACCGGGUGUGGACCAGCGCCUCGAAGGAACUGCCGGGCAAGACCCUGGAUUUCCACUUUGACAUCUCAGAGACUCCGAUCAUUGGGAGACGGUAUGAUGAACUCCAGAAUUCCUCCGGACGGGAUGGGAAACCUAGGGCCAUGGCUGUCACCCGGAGUGCAUCCUCCACCUCCUCAGGCUCUAACUCCAAUGUCCUUGUUCCUGUGAGCUGGAAAAGACCCCAGUAUUCUCAGAAAAGAACAAAAGAGAAGCUGGUGCACGUCCUCUCUCUGUGCGGCCAGGAAGUCGGACUAAGCAAAAACCCGUCUGUGAUUUUUUCCUCGUGUGGAGACCUGGAUCUGCCGGAGCAUCAGACGAGCCUGGUGUCGUCCGAGGACGGCACCCGGGAGCAGGAGAACAUGGAUGACGCCAACAGCGAGCAGCAGUUCAGAGUCUUCAGGGACUUCGACUUCCUGGACGUGGAACUGGAGGACGGGGAGGGGGAGAGUAUGGACAACUUCAACUGGGGAGUGCGCAGGCGCUCCCUGGACAGCCUGGACAAGUGCGACAUGCAGACCCUGGAGGAGCGCCAGCUCUCUAGAAGCACUCCCAGCCUAAACAAGAUGAGCCACGAGGAUUCAGAUGAGUCAUCGGAGGAGGACCUCACCGCCAGCCAGAUCCUGGAACAUUCAGACCUUAUCAUGAAUCUCUCCCCCUCCGAGGAGGCCAAUCCUAUGGAGCUGCUGACCAGCGCCUGUGACUCCACCCCGGCAGACCCUCAUCCCUUCAAUGCCAGGAUAACAAACUUCGAGGCCUCUUUGCCUGAUAUCAAUAAUCUGCAGAUUUCGGAGGGGUCAAAGGCUGAGGUAGUCCCGGAAGAGGAAGACACCACCGUGCAUGAAGACGAUCUUUCAAGCUCCAUCAAUGAGCUCCCAGCAACGUUUGAAUGCAGUGACAGCUUCAGCCUGGAUAUGACGGAGGCGGAGGAAAAAGGCAAUCGGGGCCUGGACCAGUACACUCUCGCCAGCUUUGGAGAAGGUGACAGAGGCGUGUCUCCCCCUCCCUCGCCCUUCUUCUCGGCCAUCCUUGCGGCCUUCCAGCCGGUCUCCUGUGAUGACGCUGAGGAAGCCUGGCGCAGCCACAUUAACCAGCUCAUGUGUGACUCAGACGGCUCCUGUGCUGUGUACACAUUUCAUGUGUUCUCCUCUCUGUUUAAGAAUAUUCAAAAGAGGUUCUGCUUCCUAACCUGUGAUGCAGCCAGUUACCUUGGCGAUAACCUCCGGGGAAUCGGGUCCAAAUUUGUCAGCUCUUCCCAGAUGCUUACCUCCUGCUCUGAGUGCCCUACACUGUUCGUGGACGCAGAGACUCUCCUUUCCUGUGGGCUCCUGGACAAGCUGAAGUUCAGCGUGUUGGAACUGCAAGAGUAUUUGGACACAUACAACAACAGGAAGGAGGCCACGCUCUCGUGGCUUGCCAACUGUAAGGCAACAUUUGCAGGCAGCUCCAGGGAUGAGGUGAUUACCUGCCAGCCCGGGGACUCGGAAGAAAAGCAAAUGGAGUCUCUUGCACAACUGGAGCUGUGUCAGAGACUGUACAAGCUGCACUUUCAGCUGCUCCUGCUCUACCAAUCCUACUGCAAGCUCAUUGGCCAGGUGCACGAAGUGAGCUCAGUGCCCGAGCUGCUGAACAUGUCCAGAGAACUGAGUGAUCUGAAGAGGAAGCUGAAAGAAGCCACUGCAGCCAUCUCCACGGACCCACUGUACAUCGAGGGGGCGUGGUCAGAACCAACCUUCACAUCCACUGAGGCAGCCAUCCAGUCCAUGCUGGAGUGCCUGAAGAACAAUGACCUUGGCAAAGCACUGCGACAGAUCAAGGAGUGCAGAAGCCUGUGGCCCAAUGACAUCUUUGGAAGCAGCUCUGAUGAUGAGGUCCAGACACUCCUGAAUAUUUAUUUCCGUCACCAAACAUUGGGACAGACGGGUACUUAUGCCCUGGUGGGGUCUAACCAUAGCCUGACUGAAAUCUGCACCAAGCUCAUGGAGCUGAACAUGGAGAUCCGAGACAUGAUCCGCAGGGCCCAGAGCUCCCGGGUCCUCACAACCUUUCUCCCAGACUCCAGUGUUUCCGGCACUAGUCUCUGACAGGAGGCUCCUGUCCCCCAUGGUUUCUAAGCUUGCAAUGCUGCCAUGCUGGGGCGACGUCAUUCAAUGUCUUCUCGGCCUUCGCAAAGCUUGGACAGAGCAUUCUCCUCUUGUUCCCUGUAGGACUUUUUCUAAAGAAGAUGACUCAACUUCCAAUGUGCACAAUACUCUCCAAACCAAGGCAGCCUAGGAUCUGCUGACACAGACUCUACCCAUCCUGAUGUGUGGCUACUAUUCACCAAGCAAAGGCAACCAACUACGGGAGGCAGGACUUCCAUUGCUUUACCAAAGCUGAGCACACUGAACGACCCCAUCCUUUCUAGAGACACUUUAGGAUUGGCAGAAGUGCAAUGUUUUUCUUCACAGGAAAGCAAAUUUUUAUUCUGAACGUUGUACAUUCAUUCCCUUCCUUCCACCUAUUUUGCUUCCUUUGAAUUUCCUUUCUUUCUUUCUUUUUGUGUGGAAUGUGUUUCUUUGUUUCUUUGAGUUGCAAAAGGGGGCAGGCAGAAUGAAGCUGGCCACGGAAAACCUGUAAGAUGGUCAAAAGCUGACAGCCUGUGUGCCUGAAAAGGGAAUUGUAAAUGAGUUACAAUUUGAUGUACACUGUAUCUAAAUGAGGCUGCUAUGAAGUAAUUUUCUUAAGUUGCUAGGCUGCCGUUUCUGAAAACCCUGGAUCUCUCUGUGCCAGGAAAGAUCCCGAUGGAAUCAUUUUCAGGAUCAUGGCUGCUUUUUACACACAGGUUGCUUUAAUAGGCAUCGGUUAUACCACAGAAGACGAGUGUCUGUUUGCAUUACCUUUACCAUCUUGUAGAAAAGCAAGUUAUUCACAAAAACCACAAUUCGUUUUAUCUGUCUGCAUGCAUUCUUUAGUAGCUAUUUGGAGAGCCACAAGUAGAGUCAUACAUCAAAGAUCUAAGUUGCCACUUAAAAAAGAUGUCCUAUUUUAUUUGUAAUAUAUGUGUAAAGUGUCUUUCUUAAAAGCUCCUUCCUUAAACCCAGCACUGUGGAGUGUUAGAUGUGGGCAUGUGAUCUGUUGCUCAUCCAAAACAUAUUCAGACUUGGUCUAUGUAACUUAUUCACUGUGUAAAUACAUUUAAAGUUUUUGUGAUGUGACCUUGGUUGAUAAUUCUGUUCAGAAUUGCCUUUAGAUUACAAAAGAGAAAAAAAAGACAAGAGACAUGUUGAUCAUGGAUUUUAUUUCUAGUCAAAUUAAAAUAUUUGCCUUUGA